AUGAAAGAAUGACAGGGAGAGGAAUAUAUAGAUCGUUCAGGAAGGCGUUGUAGGGGCAUAGUCAUAGACAACGAUAACGCAUCUGUGAAUGUCAACAAAACCACAAUAGGCAACGAUAGCAAUGGUGCUAAAUGCGAUUUUCGAUCGUGGACCGGAUAACGAGAACGUUGAUUGGAGCGGCUGAACAAACCGAUGGACUUUAAUUUUCCUGGGGUGUUCCGAAGGUUUGAUGUUGUCAUUCACUUUGCUGGACUGAAAACAGUAGGAGAAAGUGUGCAAAAAUCUUUACUAUACUACAAUAAUAACUUGACUGGGACAAUCACUCCAUUGAAAGUCAUGGCUGCAAGAAGAGACUGCUGGACGAAACUGUUUGAUGUUGUGAUUGCUAAGGCCAAUAAACCACAGUUUUAUACAUCUGAGCAUCCAUUCCGCUUUUUAUGGAUCCUUUUGAAGAAAUGGGGAUGGGAGCCAGAUUUUCAGAGCAACACAGAAGAAGUACUGCUGAAAAGGAGAACAUUGAAGCACAUUCUUCAGAUGUAUUUUUGA